CCGUAGGGAGUACCCAUAGCCAGGUCAAGUGUGAGGUUGUGAGGGAGAGGGACUCGAGAGGUAUCACAAAGAGAUACCUUGGUGAGAGAGAGAGAAGUGAGGCUGAGAGAGAGCAACCGUACGUAUUAGAGCUUGCUGGCGGCCAUAGCCACAUCUUCCUGUACAGAGACAAUCUUGUGUUAUCGAGUUGAUUGGCAGAUAGUCUUCAAGCUCGUGGGCAGGAUAACGCGGGAAACGCGGGGUUGGCUGAUGACAAGCUUAGCCUACUGCGGGGAGAAGGUGUGGCAGGCCUCACCGCAGAAUGUCAAUGUCUAGAACGCCUGCCAGAGGAGCACCCACUUCUCCUUUGGGUGCUAAUUUGGGUCCAUUAAUUGCUGGCAGGAGAGCAUCUCAGCAGUCACAGACCUCAAUGGUUUGGCACAGACAGGAGUUGAAGCAUUCACGGUAUGCUUCUGUUGGCGAGUCCCUUGUAAAUGAAGAGGAUGAUGAGGAGCAGCGGGAGGAUGAUGGCAACAGUAACAGUGAAGAGGAUGAAAGGGAUUUCUGGCUCAGACCAACAAGUAAUAGUGAAGCAAUCUGGGUGUCCGCAUGCUUUGUGGAGAGUUCCUUGAGGUCAGAUGGACUAGAGCGUCCGAUAACUGCCCUUGACUGUCAUCCAAGAAAUCCUCAGCUGAUUGCGGCAGCAUAUGGAAGCCCACAGACAUCUCCGAUGGUUAUGAAGCCAACACAUGCCGUGACUCGCCGGCCUCUUCUCGGGUCAGCAACAGCGUGGUCAACACCCUUUGCCCUGUGGGAAGGAACAAAAAGAGGAAUUGGGGAAGGUGGUCAAGGUGUGGUAGAGGACGAGGGCAGGGUGCUUAUCUGGUCCCUGCAACAGCAUGAGCAACCAGAGGGGCAGUUUACAUGUGAUUCUAUGGUAACUGCUCUUAUCUGGGACCCUGGAAGCCCAUGGGUUGUCCUGGCAGGGACAUAUUCGGGGCAAAUUGUAUCAUGGGAUAUGAGAGUUGGGCAGCAACCUGUUCAGAAAAGCCCUCUUGUAUUUGGGAGGGGAGGUGGCCAUGCACAUCCUGUUUAUGUCUUGGAGAAGGUUGGUGAUGGAGGCAGCAGCAUGUUUGCAACUGCGAGCACGGAUGGGCGGAUGUGCAUGUGGAAGCGUGGCAUGCUUGGGAAGGUGUACGAGGUUAUCCAGAUUUCUCAGCCGAAGGGAGGCUUAUAUGCGUUUGACAUUGGUAUCACUGCUGCUGGUUUUCCAUCGUGUGAGACUGACUCGUUCUAUGUUGGUAGCGAGGGUGGCCAUGUCUAUCAGGUUGUGAAGCUUGGAAGUGGAGCUGGAGCAGAUGCACGCAUUCGUGAGGAGUUUGGUGUUGGGAAAGUGGGUGAGGGUGUGAGCUCCAGGCCUCCAGGCGGCAGUACAGUUCCAGAAGCUGCAUUCUCGACUGUGCCGGGGGUGUCAGGGGCUGGUGGCAAUGCGCGGAAACUCUGGUCACCAGGUCUUAGCCAGGGCCUCUUAAGCCGCAUUAAGACCUCCCGUCAACGUGGUAUAGCUCACCAUGCACCUGUGACUGCCCUUCAUUGUCACCCGUCCGGAAUUGGGCCUACUGCUGGGGCAGGGGGCGUCGAGUUUGCGAGAGGUGCAGUGGGAGGAAGUCGAGCAAUGAAUUUGCCCGCUCUCAGUCUAUCGGACUUGGUGUUGACAUCAUCGGUUGACUGGACCUGCAAGCUUUGGUACGUAAGAAAUACUGCACAGCCUGUUUGCAUCUUUGAGGAAGCUAGUGAAUACUGUUUUGAUGUGCGUUGGUCACCAGUCAACCCAUCAGUAUUUGUAUUAGCUUGUGGAGAUGGGAACGUCCAGGUGUGGAACCUUAAUAGGAGUAUGGACCACCCAUUGGUCCGUGCAAGCGCAGUAGGCUCAGAUGUAGGGAACAUGAGACACGGGGAUUGUUUGGGUGGGCCACUUCAUGGACCUGGAAUUCAAGGAGGAGAGGUGGUCAGCAGAACCAUACCUGCGGGCCUGAGUGGUGAUCCAACAAGGGGUGCAAGAAGAGCAGUGAGCAAGGUGCGUUGGUCGCUGGAUGGACGGAAGAUCAUCACUGGUGAUAAUGCAGGUGUCAUCUAUGUUUAUGACCUGGCAACUGAGGUUGCAUGUAUGGAGGUUGAUGAGAGUGAACAGCUGCAAAGGAAGUUGAAGAAGAUGACCACCCUAGAUGGCUUUGUAUAGUUGGAUAGGGCUUUAUUGCAUUGCACCACCUUUCAGUUAGCUAUUUAGAUGACAGGUAGAGAAAAACCAGAUGCAAAUCCGCUUCUUCCCACUUCAAAAGAAAAGUUAUUGAGCUUAAGCAGGGAUUGAUUGGUGGGGAAGUCAAUGUCAGCAAUAAAUUGGUGGGUAUUGUAUGGUUAUCGCGCGAUGAUGCCAUUGCAGGGCGACAGUACCGGUUGAUCAGAGCUAUUAUUCUACUGGAAAAAAGUAUUGACGCAGUACCAGUUGGGGCAAGAGGGGAAGUGGUGGUGGAUUGCAGGUCUCUCUCUCUCAUACCUUGUGGCCUCCUUGUAUCCACAAUGAGCUGGUGAUGUCAUCCAGCUCAACCAUCCAUAACUGCGAUUAUAUGUAGGUGCUCAUGAAAAGCCCAUUAUCUUCAGGGUUGUCUGUUUGUCAUUUUCUUUUUCGCCGCAUUCUUUGUCUCUUCCCAAGUUGGUUUACAUAUUUGUUA